AUGUACUCUGUUUACCACCAACACAGCCCCAAACCUAACCAGUGCACCUCAACCGUGGUUCAGAAAGUCAACGCGCCGCUUCCUCUGGUCUGGUCAAUGAUUCGGCGGUUUGACCGUCCACAGGCAUACAAGCAAUUCAUAAGAGACUGCACCAUGCUGGCCGGGACCGGCGGCGUUGGUAGCGUGCGUGAGGUGGCGCUGGUCACCGGAAUUCCGGGGACGGUGAGCCGUGAGCGGCUCGACAAGCUGGACGACGAGGCUCAUGUGAUGGUGUACACGACAAUCGACGGCGAUCAGAGGCUCAAUAAUUACCGGUCGACCACCACGGUUCACGAGACGGAGGGCGGCAGAGGGGGCACGACGGUGGUUGAGUCGUACGUUGUGGAUGUGCCGGAAGGGAAUACGAAGGAGGACACGUGUUACUUUGUUAAUACGAUGAUUGGGUUUAAUCUCAAGUCGUUGGCGAGUGUUAGCGAGAUGAUGUCGGCUAAUGGGGGUUAA